GGCUUACUCGAGCAAUGGUCGACCGUUCGCCACGAUCUUGGCUUCUAUUGCUCUGUAGGCAUGACUGGCCGCUAUCACCCCCCAACUUCUUCUCAGUUAAAGCCUGAUACUAUCUAUUCCGCUCUCAAGACUGUGAUUAGCCGGCACGCUCCACUCGGAUCUUCCAUUGUCAACGAAUCAACGCUUACCCCACACCUCGUUCGCUUGCGACGAAUCGAUUUGCGUGAGGUUGUAUCAUUUGUACCGACUCCGGAAGGAGCCGAUAGAGAUCGUGAACUCGAUAAAAUUAUAUCCACGAAUCACUCGAUACCAUUCAAGGACUUAGGCCGUCUUCCCUUGUGGCGUAUCGUGGUUUGUGUGCCUUCCGAGCAUCACUCUGCAUCAGAUAAACAUGGCGUCGAUAUCUCACUGUUCAUUCAUCAUGCCCUGGCAGAUGGUGGUAGUGCGGUCAUAUUCCAUCGCAGUCUAUUUUCAGCUCUUAACUCGUCGAAUGAUGAGGACAACGUCGAUCCGAUCGUGGAUGUUCCGCCGCUACGUCUACUCCCCCCACUUCAUUCCCUUUUAUCAAUGCCAAUCUCCUGGUUCACACUUGGCAAAGUUUUGUACCACUCGUGGUUUCCACCUUCGAGCUCCUCGCUUUGGACUGGGCCCGUCAUCACACCAACCAAUCCGCUCAUCGCCGAAACUACACAUUUCGUCCUUCCGUCGUCAUCUGUAUCCUCAGUCACUACCUUGUGUAAAGAAAAUCAGACGUCUUGGACGGCUCUGUUGGAGGCGAUCAUAGCCAAAGCCUUGUUCGACAUACUUCCAGUGGACGGGACUGCCGACCAGCUGGCCUGCUGUUGCGCUUUCAGCUUGAGACGCUUCAUUCCCAUCCUUGGUUCCAAGGACAUGGGCGUCUUCUAUGCUUCUGCGACACAUCAUUUCAGCCGCACAGAAAUGAACACUUCCGGUACCAUUGGCCUCUGGGACGCAGCACGGCGCAUCAAACUCGCUUUGGAUGCGAAAAUAGCAGCAGGGGAUCGUGAUCAGGACACAGGAUUGCUGCGGUAUGCGAGUACCGUGCGUCAGUUUGUGAUGGAUCAGGUUGGAAAGAAGCGCGGCGCUUCUUUUGAAGUAUCGAAUGUAGGGGUCGUGCAGUUUGAUCAGACGGAGAAGGAUCAUUCCGUUUCGGACUGGACAGUCCAACGCAUCUUGUUUUCGCAAAGUGCCAACGUCGUCGGGGCGCCCAUCACAUUUAACGUCAGUAGUGUCAAGGGCGGGGAUAUGUGCAUUUCUGCGAGCUGGCAGGUUGGCGUGGUGGACUCCGCCCUUGCCAGGAAUCUCACAGAAAAACUCAGCACGUUGCUAACAAGUUUGGUUAUUUGA